UUAUAAUUGUCUAAACUCAAAGCUUGCUUCUUCGUUACAUACUUUAUCCAAGAAAGAUUUUAUUCAGAAUAGGAUCAUCUUUUCCCAAACGAAAGCGAAGCUCAUCUUAUCGCAACAAAAUUUUACAAUCAACCUGCCAAAUGCAGACUUGAAGCGCGAAUUUGUUACUGUUAAAAUAUUUUAUUCGUCUGUAUUACUACUUGAACAUUAGAUUGAAUAAUUGUUAGCCGAGACCAAUAACUAUGUUGAGAUUUCAAAGUGUGGUGCUAUGCGUGAUGGCUUGGCUGGUAGCGAUGCGAGCGCCUUAUGUCAGCGGUCACGGCAGACUCAUUCAACCUCCCGCUCGCUCUACUGCAUGGAGGUACGGCUUCCCGACGCCCGUCAACUACAACGACCACGAGACGUACUGCGGCGGCUACGGCCGUCAGUGGGGCGUCAACAGGGGCAAGUGUGGCCCGUGCGGCGACCCUUGGGACAUGCCUCAGCCUCGCGACAACGAAGAGGGCGGCAAGUACGGGACUGGGGUGAUCACGGCCACGUAUAAGGAGGGAGCAGAGGUGGAACUUGGUGUCGAACUCACCGCCAACCACCAGGGCUUCUUUGAGUUCAGGUUGUGUCCCAAUAACAACCCAUGUACAAGGUACAUGACUUAACACCAGUGCUUGUGGUACAGGUACUACCCACCCCCCGGCACCCGCAAGAUGUACAUGAGGUACGCGCUGCCGUCCGGCCUGACGUGCACGCAGUGUGUCCUGCAGUGGCGCUACGUCGCCGCCAGCAACUGGGGCGACUGCGGCAACGGCACCGGCAGGAUGGGCUGCGGUCCGCAGGAGGAGUUCAGAGCAUGCGCUGACAUCUCAAUCAUCAGCGACGACGGCACAGCGAACAGCUCUCCUGCGGCGCCCGUUGACGUGACCGUCAGUCCUGUGGACGAAGAUUACAACGAAGUCGACACAGGUCGUCUGCAUGAGCAAGAGGCACACCAGCUCCAGGAGUCCAAUUACAUCGGUCAUGUGGUGGCGCUGACCCUGGCAUUUGUGCUGCUGCCUUUAUUAUUGUUGGCACUUGUCAUUUAUUUCUAUUUCGCAAGAGAGAAAGUCAGGAAGUUCGUCCGGAAGAACUUGGACUGCUGGAAAAAGACCGUUGGAGGCGUAACUGUCCCAGAAGGGCCGUUGGAUGGCGUUGAUCCAGGAUUAUUGGAGGCCAAGAAUCCCAACAGAAGUUCACUGGAGUUCCCAAAUCAUCCCUACGGGGCUGCUCCCACAGCUCCUCCCCGCCGCAACAGGGGACGCUCCCCGAGCGUCUCCUCAAACCGAGGGGAAGAACAAUCGGCUUCCCCAAACCCCGUCUGAAGAUUUCGUUCUUCCCUGAGACCAAAGAACGUCUGAGUCAUCCUGGGCCUCUUCCCGAGUAUAGACUGUUCGAUGGAUAGCUAUAGUUUGUUACAAUUGUUGUGUAAUAAUUAGCAUAUUUUUAUCCCGCAUAUUGUAUCGUGAGAUCUUUGUCAGCAUUAACCCGAAGUAACUGAGUAAUCACAGAGCUAAACCACCCCAUUUUAAUGGUGCGUGGUCAUUAGACUACAUAGGGCAUGCGUUGUCCUGGCGCACAGUUCUCUCCGGUCCCCCUUACAAUUCCUCAAAAGUUUCAGAACAUUGUGGAGACUGAAUUAAUGAUAUUCAUUACUAGGUCUCGAGGAAUCGCUUUAAUAAUAUGUAAUUUUCGCCCAUCUUUUAUUGCAAUAAGACAUCAGUGUUGUGAGUGGUUUCCUUGAUAAGAAUGCAUGGUAGAGCAGGUGCUCCUUGUACACCAAUAUUUUAGAUUCACUAAAGACGUAUUCUAGAAUAUCGACUGUAAAUGCUUGGCAAAGUGGAGAUUCGCACUGUCUCCUAUGUAGAUAUGAUUAUUUUAUAAAGUGUUAAUUUAUUCCGUGAUGUCUGAUUAAUCUAACUUAUUGUAAGAAUUACAUCUCAUGAAAAUAGGUGCAAUUAUGUUGACAAUAACCAAUGGAUACUUAUUUGUAAUACUAUUUGUAUCUACCUUCACAUUUGUGCGAAUAUACUCAAUGGACAGAAGUUUUUCAACCGAAAACAUUUCAUCCUGAAGCAUGUUAACAGACAGCUCGUCAUCUUUUUCCGAAUAAACUGUAUAAAUACUUC